AUGAAUUCUGGAGCCGAACGGCAUCCUCGUCGCAACAUUCCCGUGCCUGGAGCCGAUCAACUGGAUCAGUGCCAAUUUCGCCAGCUACCGUUCCCACAAAAAAUGGCUGGAGGUAAAGGAAAAGCUGGCAAGGAUUCCGGAAAGUCCAAGUCAAAAGUGAUCUCGCGUAGUGCUCGAGCUGGUCUGCAGUUCCCCGUCGGUAGAAUUCAUCGUUUCCUAAAGCAAAGAACGACAUCUACCGGUCGAGUCGGUGCUACUGCUGCUGUUUAUAGUGCUGCUAUCCUCGAGUAUUUGACCGCUGAAGUUCUUGAAUUGGCUGGAAAUGCAUCAAAAGAUCUGAAGGUGAAAAGGAUCACUCCUCGGCAUCUACAUCUUGCCAUUAGAGGUGACGAAGAGUUGGAUACGUUGAUCAAAGCCACAAUCGCUGGAGGAGGAGUAAUCCCUCACAUCCACCGCUACCUGAUGAACAAAAAGGGCCAGCCUCAACCCGGUCAGAAGGUGGUUCCUCCGCCUCCCUAG